UUUUUGGUGGAAAGAGAAAAAUACCAUACAUUGGAAUGAUCAUCAGUCGAAGAAAGGAAAUCAAGCUGUGGAAGACAACCUACGCUCAGUAACAACAAUAACAACAUCAUCGGCAACUAUGUUUGCCAAGAGGUUGAUUGACAAGGCUCUGCUGCACCAUUCCAACCAUAAGUUGCGGCAUGGUGGUUUGCAGGGAAGUGAGUUGGAUCCCAAAAUUGUGUUUCACUACGGCAUUCCAUCCACAGCUUCAGUUCUCGCCUUUGACCCCAUUCAGCGACUUUUGGCUAUUGGGACUUUGGAUGGAAGACUUAAGGUGAUAGGUGGUGAUAAUAUAGAAGGACUUUUGGUUUCUCCUAAGCAAUUGCCUUACAAAUACUUGGAGUUCCUGCAAAACCAGGGGCAUUUAGUUGGGGUCUUAAAUGACAAUGAUAUCCAGGUUUGGAAUCUUGAGAGCCGGAGCCUUGUUUGUUCUUUACAAUGGGAGUCUGAUAUUACUGCUUUUUCUGUAGUCAGCGGUUCACAUUUCAUUUAUGUUGGGGAUCAGCAUGGUUUAUUUUCUGUGAUAAAGUUUGAAGCUGAGGAAGGACGACUUUUGAAGUCAUCAUAUAAUUUGUCUGCAAAGUUUCUAAGGGAAGCUGCAGGCUUUCCAGAUCCCAGUGUACAACCAAUCAUUGGAAUUCUCUUACAACCUUCUUCAUCUGGGAACAGACUCUUGAUUGCAUUUGAGGAUGGGUUGCUUAUUCUUUGGGAUGUUUCUGAAGCUCGAAUUGUGUUCCUUGGUGGUGGAAAAGAUCUCCAAUUGAAGGAUGAAGAUAGUAGCCCUUCUACUGAAACAGGGGCUAAUCUUCCAGCUGAUAUUAUCGAACAAAAUCUGGGAGACAAAGAGAUAACUGCUCUUUGCUGGGCAUCUUCCACUGGUUCUAUUCUUGCUGUGGGAUACUUAGAUGGAGAUAUACUUCUUUGGGACUUGUCAUCAGCAGCACCUUCUAAAGGUCAACAAACUUCUUCUAAAAAUGUUAUUAAGCUGCAACUUUCGACUGCAGAAAGGAGACUCCCGGUCAUUGUGUUACAAUGGUCUGACAGCUAUAAAUCCCAAAGUGAUAGCGCUGGGCAGUUGUUUGUCUAUGGUGGUGACGAAAUUGGAUCUGAAGAAGUUCUGACAGUUUUAACUCUUGAAUGGUCAUCUGGGAUGGAGUCUGUAAGAUGCACUAAUCGGGCAGACCUUACACUUAGUGGUUCUUUUGCAGACUUGACUUUACUGCCCAGUCCUGGAGCAAAGGGGCUGAACAGCAAAGAUGAAGUUUUUGUACUAACAAACCCUGGACAACUACAUUUGUAUAAUAGUGAUAGCCUGUCCACAUUGACAUCUCAGCAGAAAAGGAUGCCAUCUGUUCCUACUGUGGAAUUUCCAGUGCUAGUACCUAUGGCUGAUCCAUCUUUGACUGUUGCAAAACUUGUCAGGUUACCCAGUAAGUCAAAUUCAUCAAAAAUUCUCACUGAGGUUGCUUCAGCUUUGAGAACUGGCUUGAGGUCUGGAUCUGCACCUUCAGAUUGGCCCUUGACUGGGGGUGUUCCCAGUCAGUUGUCCACAACAAAAGGUGCUGAGGUUGAGUGUGUUUAUUUUGUGGGUUAUUCUAAUGGAUCAGUCCUUGUGUGUGAUGCUACACAUGCAGUCUUAUCUUAUAUUUGCAAUAUAGAGGGAGAGGUGAAUGGUACAAAAGUGGCUGGUUCAGAUGCUGCAGUGACAAAAUUGGACUUCUGCUCUGUUUCGUUACUGUUGGCCGUGGGCAAUGAAUGUGGUCUUGUUUUCAUUUAUGACCUCAAAGUCCACUCCAGUAGACAAAAUUUCCAAUUUGUCACACAAUCAAAAAGUGAAGUUCAUGAUGUUCCACAAGGAAAAGAAACUCGUUGUAGUGCUGUUUUUUCUCUUCUGGAUUCUUCAGUACAAGCAUUAUCAUUUUCAAAUUCUGGAACCAAACUUGCUAUUGGGUUUUCAAGUGGUCGGGUUGCAGUCUGUAAUAUGAAUUCAUUGUCAGUUUUGUUCUUGAUUGAUGGUGCACCUGGCUCUACCUCUCCCAUUACUUCAUUGGUUUGGAAACAAGAAGCAUGUUUUCAAAGUUAUGUGAACUCAAAGCAAUCAGAUGCAGCUUCAGGCAACUCCCUUGAAGAAAUACUAUUUGUGUUAUCCCAAGAUUCAAUAAUUAACAUAGUUGAUGGUAAUAAUGGCAAAAUGAUCUCUAGCCGACCAUUACAUGUGAAGGAAUCAACUGCAAUUUCAAUGUAUGUUAUAGAAAGUAGCUUCUCAACCUCUGAAGCAUCAAAUGACAAGCUGCAGAAUGGAAUGUCGAAGAAUACUGCUGAUAAUAGCCCUGAUGAGCAGGAACAGCCCUUAUCAGCUAGGGUAAAUUCAUCAGAGGCUGAUCUUUCCUCUUCAGAAGCCUCACAUUCUGGAGAUUUAAUGUUGGAUCCACUUGUUCUGCUAUGCUGCGAGAAUUCAUUGCGCUUGUUCUCAGCAAAAUCUUUGAUAGAGGGACAUAAGAAACCAAUUCAUAAAGUGAAACAUUCUAAAUCUUCUUAUUGGACUUCUAUCUUAAAGAAAGAUGAUAAAGUUUGUGGGCUUCUAUCAUUGCUUCAGACAGGAGCAUUUGAAAUCAGGUCUUUGCCAGAUUUGCAUUUGGUUGCAGAAAGCUCUUUAUUGUCGAUUUUAAGAUGGAAUUAUAAAGUGAAUAUGGAUAAAACCAUGUGUUCUGAUGAUUAUGGACACAUAGUGCUGGCUAACGGUUCUGAAUUGGCAUUAAUCUCAUUACUGGCUGGCGAAAGUGAAUUCAGUAAUCUGGAGCAUCUGCCUUGUCUUCAUGACAAAGUUCUGGCAGCCGCAGCUGAUGCUGCCUUUAGAUUCACUACAACUCAGAAGAAGAAACAGACCAUGGUGCCAGGGAUUCUAGGUGGCAUUGUCAAAGGACUUAAAGGAGGAAAACCCUCUCAAACAGAUGUGACUAAAAGUGCAGCCUCCAAUUUUGGGAAUUUGGAAGACAUUUUCUUUAAGCCCCCUUUUCCUGAUCCCCUUCCAACAGUGGAUAUCGCAGAUAAUAAAGUGGAACUUGAUAUAGAUGAUAUUGAAAUAGAUGAGCCCAACCCGCCAAUAACUAAGAGUUCUACUUCAUCUCCUGAUGUUAAAAACAAGCAAAAAGAUAAGUUACGAGAUAGGGAGAAAUUAUUUGAGGGUGCCACCAAUAAGGAUGAUGUUAAGCCAAGACUUAGAACACCUGAAGAAAUUAUGGCUGCUUAUAGAAAAACUGGGGAUGCUUCUUCAGCUGCUGCCCAAGCAAGAAACAAGUUAAUGGAGAGGCAGGAAAAAUUAGAGAGAAUCAGCCAACGCACUGCUGAACUGCAAAGUGGAGCUGAAGACUUUGCAUCAUUAGCAAAUGAGCUUGUGAAGACCAUGGAGAGGAGGAAAUGGUGGCAAAUAUAGAAAAGGAAAUUGUAUAUAUUUAUUUUCUUGUAUAUAUUUGUGGCUGUUGGCGUUGUUUUGUUUCAUUUGUGGCAUAGAAUUAGCAAAAGGAAAACACAACAUCUGCAGAGUUUGUUGAGUAUAAAAGUCAAGCCAAAUAGUGGUCAGUGAUUCUUUAUUGUUACUACAAAUAUGUCACUAUUUGUUUUCAAAAUUUGAGAUAUUUGAAUAAUAUCAGUUUCAUAUUGUGUAA